AUGCAUCUCUCCGCAUUUGACCUUGUUUUGAUUCUACUGGCCCAGGCACUCCUCACGGCAUUACCUGUUGGCUUCACGAAGCCCGGCUCCUGGAUCCGCAGCGCCUCCGUGGCAGUCUCGACCAUCCUUAUGCUGAUAUCCGUCUUCGGGCGCAAAGAUAGCUACGACUGCCUCACGCGAAUGGUAUUGGUCUUCUCGCCGCCGGCCCUAUUCCUACAGAACCUGAACAUCUCACUUCUCCGCCGAUGGGACUUUGACUAUGCCGGACCACAGCCGCGUGAAAUUGGAAAGAGAGAGCCUUCGAGACCGCUUCCGGACUCCGUCUGGAAUCGUCUGGCGUUUGGAUUCUCUGCUGCGACGGAGUAUCGACACUGCGGAACCCCGUGGGAGGUUGAGAACGUGCCGGCGUUUCGGAAGAGUGAUCCCAAGUCCGUGCCAUCCAGGAGGGAGUUCUUGGUGCGGAGAGGGUUGCUUCUGCUGUGUAUAUACCUCUUCAUGGAUCUCCUUGGUGUUCUCGCGAGCCAAGACGUCAACAAGGCUCCGACGGAGCUCCUCCCAUUAUUCGGCCGGCUUGAAGACUUUACGAUGCGGGAGGUGUUGGAUCGACUCGUCUUUGUCGUUCUGUUCUUCGUCUUUGGCGCUGCUAGUACCACUCUCCAUUUUGGAUAUGGUGGAUAUCUCUUGGACGAUAUUCUGCACAUUAACGAAGCAGGUCGAUGGAUCCUGGCCUUCCGUGCAGUUCUGGAUCUGAGCGUCGGGCCAUGGUUGCUCGUUGUUGAAGUCGGUGCACAUGACCACAUUGCUCAGAGUCUGACCCGAGUUCCGAGGUUCCUUCUCGCGCGAACAGGGAACUCCACGCUCGACUCUCGAAAGGAAGUCCCAAGAAUGUCUCUCCCGGCACCGCAUCUCCCACCCACGUCAAGGGUUGAUACAGCUAGAAGUGCGGUCGCUCAUGAUGCGGAGUACUUCGUAUUCGUGCUCGGAUGUGUGACAAAUUCACCGCAAGCCUGGGCGAUAGAUCUACCCUGGAUCUGGGGUAACCUUGCGAAAUCUUUCCGCAACCAUGUGUCUCAUACAACACCAAACCACCGUUGGCCGCCGUCGAAGCAUUCAAACUUAGGUACAAGCAUUCCCGACGGAUCUGGCUGCGCCAUUGUCUUUGCGACUACCGGAGAGGGAACGUAUGACUUCGCUGCAUUCACCAACGGCACCGUCCUGCUCAGCGUUGAGGUCCAUGUCGGCGCUCCUUACUAUCUCCCGUCGCCCGUCAGCUUCCACGGAUACGUGUACAUGGAUUACAACGACGACUGCCGCAUCUACGCUGCCCGAGGCUACGCCGACGUUCCUUCCUCUGUUCUCAACUGGCUGACACCUCAGGCCGUGGGAGUUCCUGGAGGUGGCCUUGGCUCCGUGUGCAUGCCGCUGCCUGUUGGUGGUCAGUAA